UCCUGGCCGCCGCCAGUCAGUCCCGCUCCGGGCUUCUUUGCGGCAAUAUUGGUCGCUCGGUCGCGUUACGUUCGAUCCGUCUGCGAUCGAACUUUUUUUUUUUUUUUCUUUAACACAGCGAUCGAAACGCACGCAACGUGCCAAAAUACUUUCGUAAACAUCGUGACACGCCUUUUCGUUUAUUCGUCUAUCAUGACCAGGCCAUAACAAGGUGACUGUUUUUGAAAAGUGACAUGCAGUGUCAAUUAUUAAUAAUUUAACUCUACAUUGAUCGACAAGUCAGAUUUGAACGAGCCUUGUUUUUUUGUUUUUUUUUUGUUUUUCCCCAAGUUUUGAGUCGUUCGUUCGCACUGGAUAUCGAUGCUCCGUUUCGGUGACAGUGCGGUUCUGCCGAUUGCUCGGCGCCCGGAGAUCCAGAGCUCGAGAUGGACAAAUUUCUCGUGAUCGGUGUGCGUGUGUGUGCGCGCGUAUCGUGCGUGCUUUAAAACGGUGAACCCCCCCCCCCCUCCCCCCAAUUCAUCCGGGCGUUCCGGGAGUUUUACGAUUUACAGCUGGCACUCGUCAAGAAAAGUUAAAGGCAGCGGGAGGACGCGGAGUCGAUCUGAAAAUAUAACAUCGCGCGUAUACACGGUGAAUCGGGAGGAAGGAGUGGCAUUUUCCGUGCCACAAUGCGAGACGACUGAUGCCAGAGAAAGGGAUCGUCGCGGCAGGAUCGCCCGUCGUCACCAGGGGGGGGAGAGGAACAAAUUAAAGGAGGACCCGGCGCAGAGCCCCGUCCUAGCGAUGCGACAUUCCACGCUGGUCCCGCGUAAUCACUGACAACCGGCAAGAUGCGAAGCGAAGUGGGCGAAUGGCUGGCCACGUGCGUAGGUUCGCCAAUAUGCAUCCUGCUGCUGUCAUGGUCCCUAUUGAUCUACCAGAAUCAGUCUUCGUCCGCGAAAAGAAAGAUCGAUGUGCUGACAGUCGCGAUUCUCUCGCAAAGUCUCACACAUCAAUUAGGAUUGCUGCUAUAUGCGAUUCUCACUUUGAUCCGUCCAGCGAAUCAUUUUGGAGAGUUAUGCUCGACGUUGGUGUGGGUGCUGAACUCGUCGAGUAUCCUACAGGAGCUGACCUUGACGUCGAUCGCGGUGUUCGCGGCGAUCAGUAGUCGCGAUGACGUUAUCAACCUCACGAAGAAUCACCUCAAGUACCAUUUGGUGAGCCUGAGCGUAAUCAGCGCCUGCAUCGGCGUGACCGGAGUUCUCAACUUCGAGCCGGAGGUCUGUGUCUUCCUGGCCCACGAGAUCUCCCACAAAUACGGGGUAUUCGUGAACUCCUUGAGGGGCCUGCUAGCUCUGACGUCUCUUUUCGGCGUGCUGGUCGCGGUCUUUAGAAACCUUUGCCGUCCAUCGACUUCCGAGCUCCUCAAGUCGGUCUCGGAUCUGUCUGAGGCAAGCUCGAAGAACUCUUCGGGGGCAUUCGACUGUCACCCGCAACACUGGGAUCCCUCGAGCGGAUCGUGCACCAGCGGCUCGACCAACAGCAGGGCGUGCUUGAGAAAGAAAAAAGUACAGGUGGACGAGGCAAGCGGCAGAUCCACCGUUUACAGCAUACUCUUCGUCUGCUACAUCUUCGAGCACUUACCUCUCCUGGUUAUCUCCAUUAGACCGAGCCUCCUGAGGAACAUAUGCACACCCCAAAAUCUCGCGACAUGGCUGCCACUGGUGAAGGACACGCUGCUCCCGGUUUUUCUGGCUCUCUUCGACAAGAUGUUCUGCCGAUACGUGGCCAAGGUGUACACGAAGCAGGAUCACGGAAGAAGGCUGUCGCACGGCGGUAUAGACGGCAAAUUCCGACACUUCGAACAAGACACCGAAUACAAGCUGCAAUUGAACCUGAAUCACGGGCUAAAGUUCCCCCUGACUAACGGAAGCCUCUACGGCCGGUUGCACAGCCAUCAGAACAGAGUGAAAACCGGCACGAUUACUAUGGGGAUUCAGCAGCACUAUCCGAAAACGCAAACCAUGACCGAGGACGGCAACUACGCGUCUCUGCCAGCGGAACUGUCGUCCUUUACGAGCUCGACUUUCGAACCGCGUCAGGACAAAAUUCCCGAAUCGCCGAAGAAGAGCCCAGCGGAGCAGCAGCAGCAGCAACAGUCGGGAUACAUCAGACGACCGAACGAGAGCCUGCACGAGCUGGUUGGUAAUCGCAGGAAGAUCGGCAGCACCGACGUCUUCGGGCAGAACAUGGAGAACCUGGUGCAACUGGAGGACCCCGCGGGCAACAGGAAGUUCCAGGUCAGGAAUCUGGACGGGAUUCGCGAGGAGCCGAGCAGGCGGCACGCCAGGAGCGUUCUCGGCCUGGAGAAGCUGAUCCUAGGCCUGGAGGACAAUCUCGGGCUGGAGCAGCAUUACUCGAGGAACGCUCUGCGCAGAAAUCAAAGCUUCGACCAUGCCAGAUAUCGACCUAUGCUCGACACGAGGACCUACAAUUUGAAGAAAGAGGAUCUUGUGAGAGAGAAUCUCCAUUUUCAAAGACGGGACAGUCACUGCGACGGAUACGACAGCUCUGACGAUGAGAGCUGCGACCUGGAGAACGGCGACUUCGACACGAUGAGCUCCUGCAGGAGUAGAAGUAGAAGCUGCUGCUCCGUCACCACGGUCGCUAAUGAUGAUUUCGAAUAUUUUCAACGUAAGGGAACCAAGGUGGAGCUGCUGCCCUCGAAGCGAACCGGCGAGGUAAAGGUCAGCAUGCGAUCUUUCACGCCUCGUAUCAUAGAGAACGGCACGGCGGAUCGGGAGGGCAAGAAGUGCGGUAGCAAUACGAAGCUGCCCGACACGAAGCCCAGCGUGCAGUCCUACCAUCUGAAAACACAGAGAAUCUCGCCGGGUUAUUCGAUGAACGACCUGGACAAGCUGACUGUCGACAAAAAACUACCGAAUCUCUCGAUGGAGAAUCUCAAGAAGAUCCUGAAGAGCUCCGACGUAAGUUACCUCGACAACGGCGACAUAUGCAAGCACAUAGGUGGCUCGGCUCCGGACUUCAAGAAGAUCUUCGUCACCGAGUUCAUAUGAAAUCUAUUGCAACCUUGUAUGAGAUGUUUGUGAGAAACGAACGAUUAUAUGCAGAUUUACGUUGUACGACUAGAAAAUAUUCUUCGAGCACGGAAUGUAGAAAUUCUCGUAUUGAGAAUUCUUUCGUAAAAAACUAUGUUGAUCGAUUUGAAAGAGCAUGUAAAUUAGAGCAAGUUCAAAUGUAUGACAAUCUUUAUUUGUUAAGAAUGUAUCACACGUACAGUCUCUGCGAGAUAAAUUAAAAUUGGAAAUAUGUUAAUAUGUAGAGAUAUACAUAUAAAAAUUGUGUAAAUAACAUAAUAUUUUUAUUUAAUCUGA